AUGGCCCCUCGCUCGUACUCAAAGACCUACAAGGUCCCUCGUCGACCAUUCGAGUCGGCUCGUCUCGACUCCGAACUCAAGCUCGUCGGCGAAUAUGGUCUGCGCAACAAGCGUGAGGUCUGGCGUGUCCAGUUGACCCUCUCCAAGAUCCGUCGUGCUGCUCGUCAACUUCUUACCCUCGACGAAAAAGACCCCAAACGUCUCUUCGAAGGCAACGCCCUCAUCCGCCGUCUCGUCCGUGUCGGUGUCCUCGACGAGUCCCGCAUGAAGCUCGAUUACGUGCUCGCCCUCAAGAUCGAAGACUUCUUGGAGCGUCGUCUGCAGACCUGUGUCUACAAGUUGGGCUUGGCCAAGUCGAUCCACCACGCUCGUGUCCUCAUCAAGCAGCGUCACAUCCGUGUUGGCAAGCAGAUUGUCAAUGUGCCGAGUUUCAUCGUUCGGUUGGAUAGUCAGAAGCACAUCGAUUUCGCGCUGACGAGUCCGUUUGGUGGUGGUCGGCCGGGACGUGUUAGGAGGAAGAAGGCGAAGGCGGCGGAGAGUAAGGGUGAUGGUGGGGAUGAUGAGGAGGGCGGUGAGGACGAGGAGUAG